AUGUCGUUAAGUGGAUUUCCCCGGUCUGAGCCAGGCGUGGGCACCUGCCAGCUGCUGAGCAAGCUCCUUUCUACAUUCUUCCGGGCACGGUCUUUUACAUGCGAAGUCCGCCCUCCCCUGCGAGAUGUGACAAACGUCGACGCCUACGAGAAGACAGGUUUGGUGACCAACGCGCCCACGCCACUGGGCUUUGAAGAAGGGCCGCUUCCAGAUUCCACCGAUCCAAAAACGGAAUGGACCAGCACGACGACCACCACCGGACAGGUGCAUCUCGUGGGUGUCGGCUUCCAGGUCUUCAACUUCACGCUCGUGGGCCAAGGUAUCUGUGCCAGCGGCUUGGCUGUAAUGGUGGUUAGUAUGGAGCGGAUCACCCAUCAGCCCGACGUGGGCUCGCGCGAUUCCUGCCAGGAUGCCGAGAUCUCUGGGUGCGCUGGCUUCUGUGGCCUCUACACAGGUGCCGUGAAGCACGCAGACAACCAGAACACCAGCAGCUGCUGGGCAUCUUUCUUGCAAGAAGCCGGAAACGCACCAAGACAGUUGGAGAGGGCUUUCUACUCUGCUCACGGCCGUCUGCUGUCAGAACUGACGACAUCUACGCUCGAUGGUCUAGCUUCUGCAUCACGAGGCUACACGCCGUAUCCAAACCGAGCCUCCAACGUGCCCGUCGUCAUCACACAGGGAGGCCAGUCAACCACCCUGCGCGUGAACCAGAAGCAAGGCCGCCAGAAGCUGUUGGGGAGGUACACCUUCACCAAGGGUGACACCAUCAAGCUUGCCACGUACGGCGUGGAUGGCAAGGUGGUCGCCGAUGCUCUGAAGCUGUCGUCAUGCAACGAUGACUUAACCUCGGAGCUACAGGCCCCAUCUGAGGCACGAUCUUGGCUGUCAGAAUUGGGCUUCCAGAGGGUAUCCAUACAGGGGGCCGACUUAAUAGCUUUGAACCCGAAACCCGAAACCCCUAAACCCCCCAUUUCCCCCCAUUUGCCCCCAAAACCCUCAAAACCCCCAAAACCCCCCCAAAACCCUCAAAAACCUUCCAAAAACCUCCCAAAACCCCCCGAAACCCAAACCCCCCAAAAUUCAACCCCCAAACUGGGCAGGUGCCCGAGACGGAGUGGAAGUUGGUCUUCCGGCAGACGUCUCGGCCUUCAGACGGUGGCAGCCCAAUUUAGGGGGCUUUAG